AUGUUUCUCAUCGUAUACUAUCUAUCGCUCGGUUUGACCAAAGGAUCCAUGCUCCUCCAGUAUCGACGCAUCUUCCCGACCAAGAAGUUCCAGAUCGCGAACUGGCUCACAAUGGCCGUUGUCGUCGCCUAUACCAUCUGGACAGUCUUCUCCAGUAUCUUCACCUGCACACCUGUACGAGCUUUCUGGACUCACGAAAAGUCUACUUGCCUUAACCAAUUCGCCGUCUGGUUCACGAACGCCGCUAUCAACAUCCUUACCGAUUUCGCGAUCAUCCUUCUUCCUAUCCCGGUCAUUCAGAAGCUAAACCUGGGCAAGAGGCAGAAGAUUGGACUCAUCUCCAUCUUCGCUGUUGGUGGAUUGUGA